CAGUAUGUUAUAAUUGUUUACGGAUUUUUUCUCGUCCUUUUUAUGCUGCAUUCAUAGCUACAGAAAACCCUAUCUUCUGCUCCGAUAUUUUCCCCAGUCUUGGUCACUUACGUCUUUCCUGGGUUUCUUUCUUGAUCCUAUAUUCAUUUGUUACCUUCAGGUAUCAACCAAACAAACUUAGUUAUUCGUGGAAAUCAUACAUGUAAUUGUAGCUAUAGAACUGUAGGGUGUAAGAACAAGUGUAAAAAGUGGAUCGAAGACAUGGGAAAAGAGUCCCUUCCACCCGAUGAAUCGCAAGAGGAAAAGGAAGAUCUCAUCUUCCCAGUCUACUCAGCUAGAUCCCAGCAAGAUAACUCGGUUAUGGUUUCAGCCCUUGCUCAAGUAAUUGGAAGUACCCAAAACAACCCUCUUCAUCAAUUUAAUCAAAACCCGUUAACAACCACUCACUUCAACGCUACUCACCAAGAUCAAUCUCAGUCAGCACCUCAAGAUCAAGGUAAUGUAAGGAGAAGACACUAUAGAGGCGUACGGCAAAGACCUUGGGGCAAAUGGGCUGCCGAGAUACGAGAUCCAAAGAAAGCAGCUAGAGUAUGGCUUGGGACUUUUAAUACGGCUGAAGCCGCAGCACUUGCUUACGAUGCGGCGGCGCUGAGGUUCAAAGGAUGCAAAGCUAAGCUUAACUUCCCAGAAAGAGUUCAAGGUAAAUCAGAACUAGGUUAUCUCACCACUCAUCAAUCGCAUCAUGCGGUAACUACACAAGUUUCGAAUCCAGUUAUUCCUCCUUCUCGUCCGCGUUUUCUAUCUCAACAAACAAACCCAAAUCAUUUUCAUUAUUCACAAGCUAUUCAAGGCAGCGAUGUUGAAUUGAAUUCUGCUACCCCACCUGGUUUCUAUGGUGGAAGUCAAAGGUUUUUGUCGCGCAGCUUAUCAACUACCUCUUCAUCUUCAUCUUCAAGUACAUCUCAGCAACAACAACAACAGGAUGAUCUUACAAGAUUUUCGAUGCAGUUGCCAGGUUCUUCAUCAAGUUCUGAUCCUAAAAUUUAGUCAUCAUCCAAGAUAAGAGAGAAGGUUUGCUUCACUUAGGUGAGAAUAACAGUUCCACCACAAGAUGAAUCGAUUAUGCAUGCUUUGCUUUUUGAGAACAAGAAUUAUCGUUCAGUUCAACGAAAAUUUUGACAUCUUUUUAUCUAUACAUCUAUCUAUGUGCAUACACAAUUAAAAUAAGUCUUCAAGGUGGUGUAUAUGGAAUAUUAUCUACUCUCUAUUUUUGUAAGUUUAAAGGGAAAACAAUCUUUGUAUAUGGAAUAUUAUCUACUCUCUAUUUUUGUAAGUUUAAAGGGAAAAUAAUCUUUAGAAACUCUCAUGAUCAGUUGGCAUUUA